AGUGGUUGUAACACUUUCAGUAAUUCUCCUUUUUUGCCAAGAAAUAUGUAAAUCCUGACUUGGGAUCACAGUCAAAUGUCGAUUCGUGCUAAUAGGGUUUCUCGACGGCGUGAUUGCAGCCGGAAUUUACAGGAUACCGGAUGAUUCCGGUGCAAUUAACAGUAUGAAGCUCCGAUAGGAUUCAUUCAUGUCGAAAUUUUCUGAUUUGUUUUUUGUUUUGGGAAAAGUAGUGCCCUUUCCGAGUUUUGUCCGGAUACUUGUACAAAAUCCAAUCUUUAUGGACAAGAUUCAUGUUUUUUUUUGGGUAAAGGUCGGAUCUUUUUGAGUUUGGGAGGCUGUCUUGAUGACCGAGUGCAUCAUGUGACCUUUGCACAUAAAUUACUUGUGUUGAAGCUCCAUGUGUCAAGCUGAGAGUGAUAAGGCUUUGUAGCAGAAACCCUCACAGAUCCUCUGUCUGAAAAAAGGGAGGGAGAGAGAAAAAAGCACCCAGAAAAAUGUGGAGACAGGUCGAAAUCCGACAAGCCUUUUUCAUGAGCCUCAUCUCUCCUGCCUAAGAGCUCUCAGAACAAGUCGCCGGGUCCUGUAUGGUUUAGCUCUGGUCUGAUUUUGGGGGCAUCAGGAGAGAGAGACAUGUCUGCUGAAUCGAGCUCAGGUUCCAGCGAUCACAGCAUCAAAGUUGUACCCACGCAUGGCGGGCGCUACAUUCAGUACAACGUGUAUGGACAGCUCUUUGAAGUUUCCAGGAAAUAUGUCCCUCCCAUUCGUCCGAUCGGUAGAGGUGCUUGCGGUAUUGUCUGUGCUGCGGUGAAUUCAGAGACGGGAGAGAAGGUGGCCAUCAAGAAGAUUGGUAAUGCUUUUGAUAACAUUAUCGAUGCCAAAAGAACACUGCGAGAAAUUAAGCUUCUCAGGAACAUGGAUCAUGAAAACGUAAUCACUAUCAAGGAUAUCAUCCGACCUCCACAACGGGAGAAUUUCAAUGAUGUUUACAUCGUCUACGAGUUAAUGGAUACAGAUCUUCAGCGAAUCAUUCGUUCUGACCAACCUCUGAGCGAUCACCAAUGUCGGUACCUUCUGUACCAGCUGUUGAGAGGGCUCAAGUACGUGCACUCGGCCAAUGUGUUGCAUCGCGAUCUAAGGCCGAGCAAUUUGCUUCUCAGUGGGAAAUGCGAUUUAAAGAUUGGAGAUUUUGGGCUUGCAAGAACGACUUCAGAGACAGACUUCAUGACAGAAUACGUUGUGACCCGCUGGUAUCGAGCUCCUGAGUUACUCCUGAACUGUUCAGAGUAUACUGCAGCAAUCGACAUUUGGUCAGUGGGUUGCAUUCUUGGUGAAAUCAUGACGAGGCAACCGUUGUUUCCGGGCAAAGAUUAUGUUCACCAGCUUAGGCUUAUUACAGAGCUCGUAGGUUCUCCGGACAAUUCCAGCUUAGGAUUCCUCCGGAGUGACAACGCAAGAAGAUAUGUCAGGCAGCUUCCACGAUACCCAAAACAACAGUUUACUGACAGAUUCCCGAACAUGGCACCGGCUGCUGUUGAUCUUCUGGAGAGAAUGCUUGUCUUUGAUCCUCACCGGCGUAUCACAGUUGACGAGGCUCUGUGCCAUCCGUACAUGUCACCUCAUCACGACAUAGAGGCAGAACCUGUCUGCUCGGCUCCUUUCAGUUUUGAUUUCGAGCACCCUUCUUGCACUGAAGAACACAUAAAGGAGCUCAUCUACAACGAGUCCGUGAAAUUCAAUCCACAUCACUGAAAUCAUUUCUCGCCCCGGGAAGGGGAAUCGUCCUGAGGGUUCGAUUAUUCAGGCAAAGACUCUGUCUCAACUGGUACCUGUCCUGAGUUCAGUGUGAAUUCAGAUCAGUUCCAUCUUUUAUCUCAAAGCCCAUUUUAGUUGUACAUUUGCUAUGAUAUAUACAUAUAUAUAUAUAUA